AUGGCUCAAUCCCAUUCAACUAGGAAAAGUUCUUCCAUGACUUGUAUAAUUCUCCUUAUUGUGCUACUAAUUGCUAGCACAGCCACAACAGGUGCACAAUCUGGUGUAUGUUAUGGAAGACUUGGCAACAAUUUGCCAUCCCCAAAAGAAGUUGUGGCUAUCUUCAAUCAACACAACAUUAGCAGGAUGAGAAUCUAUAGUCCAGACCAAGAAGUUCUCCAAGCUCUAAGAGGUUCAAACAUUGAUCUUCUUUUAGAUAUUCCAAAUGAUGAACUCCAAAAUCUAGCUACUAGCCAAGACAAUGCAAACAAAUGGGUGCAAGACAAUAUCAAAAACUAUGGUAAUGUCAAAUUCAGAUACAUUUCAGUGGGGAAUGAAGUGAAACCUGGUGACUCAUUUUCACAGUUUUUAUUCCCUGCCAUGCAAAACAUUCAAAGAGCAAUUUCUUCAGCUGGCCUUGGAAACCAAAUCAAAGUUUCCACUGCAAUUGAAACAGGUGCUCUAGAAGAAUCAUACCCUCCAUCAAAGGGCUCAUUCAGGUCUGAUUAUAGAGGAGCAUAUAUUGAUAAUGUGAUAAGGUUUCUAGGUAGUAAUGGAUCCCCAUUACUAGUUAAUGUGUACACUUACUUUAGUUACAUUAGUGACACAAGGGACAUUAGUCUUGAUUAUGCUCUUUUCAAUUCUCCUUCAGUGAUAGUGAGUGAUGGUUCACUUGGUUACCGUAACCUUUUUGAUGCUAUUGUGGAUGCUACUUAUUCUGCAUUGGAGAAAGCAGGGGGAGGGUCAUUGAACAUUGUUGUGUCUGAGACAGGUUGGCCUUCAUCUGGAGGGACAGCAACUUCACUUGAUAAUGCAAGAACUUACAACACAAACUUGGUUCAACAUGUAAAGGGAGGGACCCCAAAAAGGCCUCGCAGACCCAUUGAAACUUAUGUGUUUGCUAUGUUUGAUGAAAAUCAGAAGCAGCCAGAGUAUGAGAAAUUUUGGGGGCUUUUCCUUCCAAAUAAACGGCCAAAAUACUCAAUUAAUCUGAACUAG